AUGAAUGUAUCUAGUGCAAAAGGAAAACGAGGAACCAAGAAGGGUGCACAACGGCAUCAGAACUCUUUUGCCUUUACCACAAACAGAUUCUCCCCUGCCGCUAUCAAAAUUUCUCAUUUACCAGUUCAAGGUGUUUGUCAACGAUGUCUGGAUAUCAUUCAAUGGAAAAAAAGCAUAAACAAGUAUAAACCAUUAACCCAGCCAAAAAAAUGUACUAUUUGUCUGCGGAAAACAGUAGUCGAUGCAUACCACGUCAUUUGCAAAUCGUGUGGAUCCGAGAAAAACUGCUGCGCCAAGUGCCAGCAAGUUCAUCAACUUGUUGGUGCUAAUGUUGAAAAAACAAAUGAUCAAGUGGUGCGGGAAACUCAAGAGCAGCAAGUUUUAAUUGAAAAGUUGAAUGAGCGACAACGACGAUCGUAUUUGCGCAAAAUUGGACGAGGUGAUUCGGAAGGUGCUGAAAAGGUUCUUACUCGUGCUGAAUCAAUGGCCAAGCCUGAUAUGGAUGAUUGGCCCACAUCAGAUGAGUCUGAUGAUGACGAUGAUGAAGAUACUGAGUAA